AUGGUUUCUUUCACCGCUUCUCCCGCUUCCUUCUCCGCCAUUUCUUGCUCAUUGAAGCGUAAUCAGGUUCUGAAUUUGAGGAAGGCUUCACUGUCAUUUAGUUGGAAGGACUUUUCAUCUCGUAGAGCGCCUGCCCUUUGUUUCAGAGUUGCUUGUGCUGCGAAACCAGAGACAGUAAAAAAAGUAGUUAAAAUUGUGAAAAAACAGCUAGCCCUGCCUGAUGAUAGCGAAGUCAGUGGGGAGUCGAAAUUUGCUACGCUUGGUGCUGAUUCUCUUGACUCGGUUGAGAUUGUGAUGGGACUCGAGGAGGAGUUUGGGAUCUCUGUGGAGGAGGAAAGUUCCUAA